AUGAGUUCCUCCAACCAAGCCCCCGCUGAUGACAAAGUUGCCGCAGCCCACAAGACGCUCUUUGACGAGGGUAUCAAACUCCGUACGGAGGUCAAUGGUGCCGAAUAUGUGCAAAAGGCGCUACAGAACGGCUCGGAGUUCGCAAGGCCUAUGCAAGAGCUCGUCACCGAAGCUUGCUGGGGCUCUGUCUGGUCUCGGCCUGGCCUGGAGAAAAAGUGGCGUUCGCUGCUAAAUGUUGCAAUGCUAGUCGCUCUCAACAGGUCUACUGAGCUGGCAACUCAUGUAAAAGGGGCCAUUACCAAUGGUGCCACGGAGGCCGAAAUCAGGGAGGUGCUUCUACAAGCUGCAAUUUACUGUGGAAUGCCGGCGGGGCUUGAGGGAUUCAGGGUUGCGCAAAGGGCUCUCGAGGCGGGCACUGUGCACACGAACCGGCACCACCACGCCACGGAUCGACGUCGGCACGGGAAUGCUAUCAUUUGUUGGUUCGGAACGGCAUUCGCAUCUCUUGGUGGCUCUGUCGGCGGUACCACUGAGUGGCACCACCGUGCAGACGUUGUUCUUAACAACGGUUUCUCCGCUAUUCUUGUUACUCUUGUUGCCGCCGUCGGCGUCUCUGCCAGCUUGGCUCCCGCUGUUCGCGCCGCUGUUGAGCUCAAGGGGGGUGACCUCGAGAGUCGCGAGCCGAAGCCUUGCUCUGGCAACCCUGGCUGCGACUGCCUGGGAGUCGCACUUGGCAAAUGCCCGGCGGACUGCUGCUAG